AGGCUGAGCAGGGAGCAUUAUUUGAACACCGACGAGUUCAUUGACGUUGUUGCUGAUGAGCUCAAAGCAAGACUCCCCAACAAAUAAUCAUGGGGUUUGGCAAUGUGGGAUCUUGGGUAGCUAGGCUGAUUCAUGAAAGGGGUGGUAAGAUAGUUGCAGUGAGUGAAGUUACGGGAGCUGUAAAGAACCCGAAUGGUAUUGAUAUACCUGCAUUGCUUGGGCAUAAAGAGAAAACUGGGAGCUUAAGUAGUUUUGAUGGUGGAGAUAUAAUGGAUGCAGAUGAAUUGCUUGUUCAUGAAUGUGAUGUACUUAUACCAUGUGCCUUGGGUGGUGUUCUUAACAGAGAAAAUGCAGGAGAUGUUAAAGCCAAGUUCAUCAUAGAAGUAGCAAAUCACCCUACUGAUCCUGAAGCAGACGAGAUUCUGUCAAAGAAAGGAGUUAUAAUUCUUCCUGAUAUAUAUGCCAAUGCUGGAGGAGUGACGGUUAGCUACUUUGAGUAGGUGCAGAACAUGCAAGCGUUUAUGUGGAACGAGGAGAAGGUGAACGAAGAGUUGAAGAAAUACAUGACAAAAGCUUUUCAUAGCAUAAAGAACAUGUGCCGAACCCAUGAGUCCAACCUUCGGAUGGGCUCCUUCACAUUGGGAGUCAGUCGAGUUGCGCACUCUACCGUCUUAAGAGGAUGGGAGGCUUGAACGAACUUGCUUCGCUCAUAACUGUAUACAAACUAUACUGAAGAAGAUGUGUGUUAGAUCACAAAGAAUAAG